AGCGCCAAGCAUAAGGAGACAACUUCAGUCUCGCCAUUCUCGUGUUGAAGGUCUCAAAUUUAGUUUGUGGAGUAACUUAUUCAAAAUUGGAGGCAAGUGUGACUUAUCUAACGUAAUAUAAUGCCAAUCCCAAGGUUAUUUCAUCUUAAGGGUUUGAGUUGCAGUAAUAUUACUGUUAGAGGUCUACUGUCCUUGAAUAUUGUAAGUCGCCGAAUUCUGUAUAGGAAAUACGCAGAUCUGACCUUAGUUUGCGAAGGAAGAAAUGCUAGGCCUAAUACUAGUAAUAGUAAUGUUGAUAAAUUUCAUCCAGUGAUUACGAGUCAAACUAUGCCAAUUCACACAUCUUCCAUUGUAUCCAGAGAAGUGGACUUCAGAAUAGAGACCGAUACUUUUGGUGAACUCAAGGUCCCAGUAGAUAAGUACUAUGGAGCUCAAACUAUGCGAUCCAUGAUGAACUUCAACAUUGGUGGGCAGUCCGAAAAAAUGCCCCUCCCAGUGAUAAAGGCAUUUGGCAUUCUGAAAAAGGCAGCUGCUGAAGUCAAUCAGGAGUUUGGCCUGGACAAGAAGAUAGCUGAUGCAAUAUGCCAAGCUGCUGAUGAAGUUAUUGAUGGAAGUUUGCAAGACCACUUUCCUCUUGUAAUUUGGCAGACUGGCUCUGGGACCCAAACCAACAUGAAUGUCAAUGAGGUCAUUGCUAAUCGAGCUAUAGAAAUCCUGGGUGGGAAACUUGGGAGUAAAACUCCAGUUCAUCCAAAUGAUCAUGUGAAUAAAAGCCAGAGCUCCAAUGAUACGUAUCCUACAGCAAUGCAUAUUGCAGUUGCUAUGGAAAUUGAAUUAAGCCUCCUGCCUUCUUUAAAGACUUUGCAUGAAGCUUUGCUAAAGAAAUCAGAAGAGUUCAAAGACAUUGUAAAAAUUGGAAGGACUCAUACUCAGGAUGCUGUACCCCUGACACUGGGUCAAGAAUUUGGUGGUUAUGCUGCCCAACUAGAAAUGGGCAUUGAACGUGUGAAAACAACGCUUCCAAGACUGCAUUGCUUAGCAGCAGGUGGAACUGCUGUUGGAACUGGGCUGAAUACUCGCAUUGGUUUUGCUGAGAAAGUUGCAUCCAAGAUUGCUGAAAUUACAGGUUUGCCAUUUGUAACAGCACCAAACAAGUUUGAAGCUCUGGCUUCCCAUGAUACCAUGGUGGAAGUGUCUGGAGCUAUGAACGUGAUUGCCUGUAGCUUAAUGAAGAUUGCUAAUGACAUCAGAUUCCUUGGAUCUGGCCCGAGAUGUGGAUUAGGAGAAUUAAUCUUGCCCGAGAAUGAACCAGGAAGUAGUAUCAUGCCAGGUAAAGUGAACCCAACCCAAUGUGAAGCUAUCACCAUGGUAGCUGCUCAGGUCAUGGGGAAUCAUGUAGCCGUCACUAUUGGUGGAAGCAACGGUCAUUUUGAACUGAAUGUCUUUAAGCCAAUGAUUGUUGCAAAUUUGCUUCGUUCUUCCAGACUGAUUGCAGAUAGCUGUGUGUCAUUUACCAGCAACUGUGUUGGAGGUAUUCAAGCAAACAAAGAACGCAUCAACAAACUCCUUAAUGAAUCUCUCAUGCUAGUUACUGCACUCAAUCCACACAUCGGAUAUGACAAAGCAGCCAAAAUUGCCAAGACAGCCCACAAGGAUGGAGCAACACUCAAAGAAACUGCUAUUAAGCUUGGGUUAUUAACAUCUGAACAGUUUGAUCAGUUAGUAAAGCCAGAGGAAAUGUUAGGACCAAAAUAAAGCAUAUUUUUCUAGUGGUUAAAGUGAUAAAACGAUUUCACCAUGUUAAAUCUGAGAAGAAGAGCUCCCAUUAAGUUUUUUUUAUCCAAGAAUGUUUUUAACAUUUUGUGCUAGUUUGCAAAUUAUUUGUUGGAAAACCAAGUGAGUUAAUUUUUUAAUAUUGAGGGAUCCUAUGAAGUAAAACAAUUAAUACAAAAGUUAGCUUAAAAAAUGAGAUUUUAAUAGGAACAAAAAAUGGUAAAAACAAUGUUUUGAUUACUCUUUUCAUCUUCAAUGUCUUAAAAAACUGUCACAUGUUAUUUCUAUCAAAAUAGUUGUUUGACUUUAUAUCCAAGAAUCUUAUUUCUCCACUACAUAAAAGAGAUAUCCAAGUUAUCAAAACAUAUUUUAACAUGAAUAUUCUGGGAAAGUUUAUAAUAAACUUGAUAAAUUGUUGUACCAGAUGCUCAAUUAAGUUGUAUAUUAUUGUAAUUUUGUGUAGAAAAAGUGAAUGAAAACAAAGUUAUUAUGACCUGACUAUUUUAAUCAAUGACUAGAAUACAUGUUCUUCGAUAAAUAUUCAUCCAAUCACAUGUAGAAAAUGUGGCCUUAAAUAUUUGUUUUUAUUGAUAACUCAUAAAGCUAUUGAUGAUUUUUUUCAAAAACUGCUGUAAGUUUAGUAUCAGUCAACCAUCUUGCCAAUAAAUGUGUAAUGUUAAAAUUGCUGACAUGAUGGAACUUGAGGUAGUGACAAGUGUUUGGUUUGUGUAUUUAAUCCGCUUGAUGCAUUAGAUACUUUACUGAGGAUUCCUAUACUGAAUAAAAAAUAAUAUAAUAUUGGA